AAUAAUAAUAAUAAUAAAAUACAAAUAAUAAUAAUAAUAAUAAUAAUAAUAAUAAUAAUAAUAAUAAUAUUAUAAUAAUAUUAAUAAUAAUACUAAUAAUAAUAAUUUACUAAGACGUAUAAUAAUUUAAAUAAUAAUGUAAAUAAUAAAAAAAGAAAAAAAAACCAGUCGCACAAAAACCGUGAGCAGACCACGGUGGAGUCGCACAAAUCGUGCGAGUGGACCACGGUGGAGUCGCACAAAACGUGUGAGUGGACGACGGUCCAGUCGCACGUUUUGUGCGACUGAACCGUGGUCUACUCGCACGUUUUGUGCGACUCAACCAUGGUUCACUCGCCCAGUUUUUGCGACUUCCUUUUUUUAAAAAAAAAAUACACCGAUUUAAAUCGAUUAAAGUACGUACCGGAUUCGAUUCAUAGUCACUUUCGUUAGCCAUAGUUAAUCGAUUCCAACUAACAGCUUGUUUAAAAUUGAAGAACGUUUUUAGAGAGUUUUUAGAGAGAUAGUACCGUGUUUGAAUUCGUAUAUCAUACAAGGGCGCGUCUGAAAAUUCAAUAUAUAUAGGGUCGCGAUAAAAAUGUUCGGGAUUACGUUUAAACUUUAAAUUUAAUGUUUUUAAAGUGAUAAUAGUGUUAUUAAAUGCGAUUUACAUUUGUUAAACAAGUUUUAAGUUCAGGUGCAAAUUCGUAAUUUCAUUAGGAGUGGCGAUAUAUAACAAUGCCCCAUCCUGAUCAAGUUAGCGCCUUAGAAAUGUGUGUAGUUCUACUCUUUAUUAUCUAUAUAAAUAAUGAAACUCGUAAUAGAUGAAAAGCACUAGCCAAUAGAACUAGUAAGUUGUAAUACAAACAAAUGGAUUUACCUACCUUUACAAUUAAUGAAGAUAAUGCAAAAGAGCUAUUAGAAGCACAACGUCACAUAUGGAAACAUUCUUUGUACUACUUCAAAUCCAUGGCCUUAAAGUGUGUCCUUCAACUUGGCAUUCCAGAUACCAUUCAUAAACAUGGCAAACCUAUGUCUUUAAAUGAACUAGCCACUUCUCUUCCAAUUCACCCCAAUAACAUUCCUUCCCUUAAUCGUCUAAUGCGUAUUCUAGAAUCCUCUAACUUCUUCUCCAAGAAACUUCUACAAGAUGGAGGAUAUGGGUUUGAUCUUACAUUGAGCUCCCAACUCCUGCUUAAAAACCACCCACUUACUCAAUAUCCAUUAGCUCUUAUACAACUAGACCCAGUAAUAACUGAUCCAUCUCAUCAUCUCACAAGCUGGUUCCAAAAUGGCGCAGAAUCCUCCUUCCAUGUUUUAAAUGGAAUGAGUUUCUGGGAGCAUAUGAUCCAUGAUUCUAAGUUUAAUCAGAGUUUUAAUGAAGCCAUGGAAUGUGAUUCGAGAUUCGUAACAAGCUUGUUGGUGAAUAACAAGAGUUUUAAGGGCAUAUUUGAGGGUAUUGAAACGUUGGUGGAUGUAGGGGGUGGUAAUGGGACUACUGUUAAGGCCAUUACUGAGGCUUAUCCAUGGCUGAAGUGCAGUGUUCUUGACUUACCACAUGUUGUCCAAGGAUUACAGGAGAAAGCUUCAAGUAAUGUUAAGUUUGUAGCAGGUGAUAUGUUUGAAGCUGUUCCUCAUGCUGAUGCUGUCUUACUUAAGUGGAUACUACAUGAUUGGAGUGAUAAAGAUUGCAUAAAGAUUCUAAAACAGUGCAAAGAAGCGAUCUCUACCAAAAACAAAGGAGGGAAAGUAAUAAUCAUAGAUAUUGUGGUGGAAUCUGAAAAUGAUCAUAUCAUAUCAAAGGAGUCUAAUACAAAGUAUUUAUUUGAUAUGCUGAUGAUGUCAAUGUGUGGAGAUGGAAAGGAAAGAACUGAACAACAAUUCAAAAAACUAUUUCAACAAGCUGAUUUUAGUGAUUAUAAGGUUCUUCCGAUUUUGGGUGUAAGAUCUGUCAUUGAACUCUAUCCUUAAAAUGUUUAUCAUUUCGAUAAAUUAUUUUUAAUCCACAAUUGAGUAUUGAUAUUUGCAAGCUCAUUGUCAACGUAUUAUGUUUUUCAAUCUUAUUAAAUUUCUUGCAAUAAUUCUAGAACUGGGUGGAUGUAUCUCUUAUUUCACAAAAUUAAGGUUUAUAAGAUAUUUAGAAUUUUUUUUCAUGAUUGCUCAACAAUUUAAUGCUAAAGUUAAAGUAAUGUGGGGUGAUAAUGGUAUAAAGUUUAAUUGUAUGCAAGAUUAUUUUCAAUAUAAUAGCAUUUUCUUUCUAAUUUACUCUCUAUCUUC